UAGGAUGCUACAUAGCUCCGGCCAUUUGAGUAAAAGUCACCGUCGUGGGAGGAAGGGCGCUGAUUGGGCUAAGGUACAUAAGUUCUUCAUUGAUGAGUGGGACUUGCGCCACGACAGGUUCCAAGCAACUUUUGACCAUGCAACGACGACAAUGGAUGGUCGCAUUAAUCCGGGCUAUAUGGCGUGGUACAAUAGGAUCACCGUGUCGUACCUAGUUCAACCUGGGACACAGUCAACUGAAGGGAUGAACGAGGCAGCCCCUUCUAAUUUAUUGGCGGUUGAGACCCUUCAGGUGAUAUGGCAUUUGACCUCUGAACAUGACACAGACCCUCGGUUACGGCAGAUUCGAGAAAUGGCUGCUUCGGCACUUCGUGCGAUGAACCAUGCUGAUGCGAUGGAGUAUCCAUCUUCUCAACGGUGA